AUGUUUGGAGGGAAUAAGGCCCAAAAGAAGGAGUUGCCCAAGAAGGCUAUCGUGGAGUUGAGAGAACACAUUCAGAUGCUCAAUAAGAAGAGAUCACAUUUGGAGGGCCAAAUCGCUGACCAAGAUGCCUUGGCUCGUAAGCACAUUCUGACUAACAAGGCGCUAGCCAAGAAUGCUUUAAAGAGAAAGAAGGCAUAUGAAAGCAACUUGAUGAAGAUAGAGAAUCAAGUCGACUCGUUAGAGACCCAGUUGACUGCGAUUGAAGGUGCCAACUUGAACUUAGAAACCAUGAAGGCAAUGAAGCAAGGUGCUCUGGCCAUGAAACAAAUCCACGGCGAGUACGAUGUCGAUAAGGUUGAAAGCACGAUGGAUGACAUAAGAGAGCAAGUUGAAUUAGCUGACGAAAUCAGUGAAGCCAUAUCCAGACCAGUGGGAGGCGAGUACAUCGACGAAGAUGAGUUGGACGAAGAAUUGGCUGCCUUACAAGAAGAAGCUAAUGAAGAGAAGGCACAGAAGGUUAAGGCACCUUCUCAGCCAGCACAACCCGUACGUCAAGAAUUACCAGACUUCCCAAUGGUCAGCAAGACCAAGCCUACAGAAGUCGAGGAAGACGAGGACGAGGAAGCUUUAAGGGCAUUGCAAGCUGAAAUGGGGCUAUAA